AUGAGUGCUACCAACAACCAAGUACCAACCACCCAACCCAAAGAACAACGACAAAGACGACAAAACACAAUCAUGUGCAAGAUCAGGGACGUUACAUAUGUCCGUAGUUGCAAAACCCCAGAGACUAAGCAUGAGGUGGAAGAAUCUGGAGAGGGCAAAGGAAGUCCCAAAACAUGUCCCUUACGAUAUUAUUCUCUCAAAGUUGUAACCGAGGACUGUGAGGCUUGUGUGGCAAAGAAGAAAGAGGCUGCGAAAGCGGCGAAGAAAGCUUAG